AUGGACACCAUGCUUCAGGGCGGCCUGAUCAGUCUUGCAGGAAGCGGCCUGCUGUGGGCCACGGGAGAAUUGGCACGCCAGCGCGUGAAAGGUUUGAAGUCUUUCAAGAAGCUGCCGAACCUAGCAGAGGAGGACCAGGUCAUUGAGAAGCGGGUGCGAUCUGGUGGCGAGGAGAUCAAGUGGGAGAGGAUUGCUCGUCCUCUGCGGAGCGAGGUGGUGGAGGCGGAUUGGAUGCUUACUGAUGGCACUGGAGUGGAGCUGCCUGUAGAGCGCGGUUCCUCAGAACCGCUGCAGUGCCUGGAGCAGACAGGGAACCGCCUCAUUCCUGCAAACCAGAAGGGUCGUGACCGCAUGGCAGAGGAGGAGCUGGGGGAACGCCUCGUGGGCAUAGAUCGCACGGAGGAGGCACUAUUGGUUGGCAGAGUAAUCACCGCGCUGGGGGUCCUUGACACAGCAGUGGAUUAUCCAGCAGCCUUCCAGAAUGCCCCACGCAAGGGCGGCCAAAUGCUUGUGCUAAAAGUGGCAGAGGUCUCGCCCAAGCCGCUGGAGCAGCUAAUCGACGACUCCCGGCAGGCAGCCGAGAUCUGUGACAUGGGCACCAAAGUGUUGGCAGUGAUUGGCGGCGGCAUGCUCCUUGGGGCUGGGGUGGCCUACGCGAUUGACAGCAGCAACAGGCGGCGGUGA